UGCAAUAUGGCAAAAAAGAACGAAGAACACGACCUUCGUCAGAGGCUAGCAGACCUCAAAGUAAAGACCUCAGUUUUAGAGGUCAAAGAGGUGGACCGGGAGGCCAUGACUAAAAAGACCGUACAGCUGAUCAACGCGCACGAUGACAACGUAACAAGGUUGACCUGUGACCCGAUCAAGGUAUUGGACCGAGGAAGUUUUGAAACUACGGGGGAAAUCAGCGAAAGCCCAGUUGACUUUGACUACGUAAUGCAGGACUUCAACGACCGUUUGGUGAGAGCCGGAGUUAUCCCGGGUCAUCCGAUGUUCCUAGGUUUUAUCCCGUCUGGCCAUGGUACAUAUCCCGCAGCACUGGGCGGUUUUCUUCCGGCAGUCUUCACCACGUACUCGACGGUUCAUAUGGAGAGCCCAGCAGCUGUGCAGAUAGAAAACAGGCUGAUCCAAUGGGUGGCAGACCUGUUCGGCUACCCCGCAGGGCAUGCCGGGAACAUUUCAUCGGGAGGUUCUCUCGCCACUCUCACGGCGUUAGCUGUCGCACGGGACAGCAGGCAGCUCAAAGCCGCAGACUUUCACAGGUGUGUGAUCUACUGUAGUGAGUUCACCCACUAUGCUGUGCAGAAGGGACUUCGGGCAGUUGGAAUGCGGGAGGCCGUUCUGAGGAAAACUUCAGUGGACAAAUCGUUCAAGAUGUCAACAUUGGAUCUUGAGAAACAGAUCAAGGAAGAUAAGGAAGCCGGUUUGCUGCCGUUCCUGGUCGUGGCCACUGUGGGCACCACGCUGACGGGAAGUGUGGAUCCUGUGGACGACAUCGCUGACGUGUGUGAACGUCACCAGCUCUGGCUGCACGUGGACGCCGCGUACGGAGGGUUCUUCGCUCUCUGUGACGACAUGAAACAGCUGUUUGUUGGCGUGGAGCGGAGCGAUUCACUUGUGGUGAAUCCACACAAAGGGUUAUUCAUAUCCAGUGGUGUAGGAGUUCUUGUGGUGAAAGAUGGAGAGAAGCUCCAACAGACCUGCUCCUUGGAACAAACACCCAGCGUGUACACGGGGAUGCAGUUCUUUUCAGCUGAACACCUGUCUCCGUGUGAGCUGUCCUUUGAACUGACCAGGUCUUUCAGAGGUGCUCAGAUGUGGCUUCCGCUGAACGUGUUUGGUGUUGGAGUUUUCCGUGAGGCCCUGGAGGAGAAACUCCUACUGGCACGUUACUUCUACCGGAAACUGAAAGAAACUGGUGAAUUCGAGCUGCCAUUGGAGCCGGAGCUGUCCGUGGUGCUGUUCCGUGCUACAGCGCCACCUGACGUCGACAUCAACAACUUCAACCAACAGCUCCUGGAGGACCUGCUUUCUGAUGGGAAAAUCUUCAUGACUGCUGCCGUGCUGGGCGACCAGUACUACCUACGUGUCUGUGUCCUGUGUUUCAGGACCCACAUUGAGCACAUGGAUCUAUGCUUCUCCUUGAUUCGGGAGAAACGUGGUCAUCUUUGGGGGUCAGCUCAAAGCAAUGCUUAGAACAAGCCAGUGCCAACAUGGUAGUCCAGUACUGUCCA